AUGUAUGUUAAUGUGUACUAUAUUUCAGAAGACGUUCGCAAUAAGCUUGCUGCAUCAACAUCGGACUCUCUGGCCAGAAGAGAAAGAGAGAGACGGAAAGCCCUUUGCAAGAUAACGCGAGAGGAUGAAGCUGAUGGUAUCUCAGUUGUAGGCGGGGCAUGUUUGUGUUAUGAUCCUGAGGUCAGAACCGAUGGUUUACCUGAAAAACCAGUCAUCACAAAUAAAGAAGGCAAAGUUGACAAGGAGUUCAUUCUGACCUGGGCACAACCAGAGGCUGACAGCAGUGAUUUAAGCCCUUCUUACCGUCUAGAAUGGAGAGAGAAGUUUCCAACAGGAUUCUUAGAAAAGCAAGAGCAUGGAAGCAUUGUUGAAACUUACUUCAAUAUUACUGGACUAAAGUAUGAAUCAGAAUAUGAAGUGAAACUCUUCGCAGUCAACAAACAGGGAGAGAGUGAGCCAGAUGUCAGAACAUUUAAGACAAAGACUGCCGUUACUUCCUAUACAACAGCAUUGAAAAGUUCCAUAGCAGACCAAACAGAGUUUCAACCCAAACUGCUUUCCUCUUUCACGAUUUUUGGCGCAAAAACAGAGGAUAUAUUCACCAAUCUUCUCAUACGACAAGGUAGAAAGACCUACAACGCGAGUAGUGAGAUGGGCGGAGAAUUCAUCCGUAUUCCAGUUAAGCACUGCGACGAAAUAUUCCUUGGCUUAAGCGAUGAUGUGGAGAAUCCCAAUUCCAUUCUUGUCGUUGGAAAAGCAGGGAUUGGAAAAUCUCUGUUUUGCCAAAAGUUGAUUCGCGAUUGGGCGAAAAACAGAUUGUUUCAAUCGAGAGAAAACUCCCCCAAAAGAAUCCCCAAUUUAAAAUUUGGGUAUUUGCUUACUUUCCGUCAAUUGAGUUUGCUUAAAGAUGAAAGGAAAACUUUAAGAGAAGUCUUAAACUGUUCUACGGUGUUAAGUGAUAACUGUAUCAUUAAUGACGAUAUAAUUGAGUACAUUUUGAAGUAUCCUAAAGAAGUUAUGAUUAUCCUUGAUGGCUACGAUGAGUAUUCACAAAAGGAUAAAAUCCCAGGAAACUCAGAAGAAGGGCAUCCAAAUGACUCUAGAGAAAAAAUGCCAGUGGCUGCACUGUGUUCGAAGCUUAUCCAGAAAAAGAUCUUGAAAGGUGCUAUCAUCCUGAUAACCUCGCGGCCCGAUGAAGCCGAAAAGUUGGGAGUAUUCAAGUUUGAAAGGUACGUGGAAAUUGAGGGAUUUUCUCCAGAACAAGUCAAAGAGUUCAUUGAAAAGUAUUUCAAGAAAAGCGAGCGAAAGAAGAACAUUGUACUUGAGCAUGUCAUGAACAAUGAGAAUCUUGUUAGUUUUGCCCACGUUCCCAUGCUCUGUUCUCUGUUGUGCUUUGAUAUUGAUUAUAUCCUUGAAGAAUUGAAACCAGGCUUAAAACUCGUCGGUCACCUUCCUGUCUCAAUGACUGAGAUUUACACUAAAUGUUUAGAGAUCUUUGAACUUAAGCAUAGUGUCGAGUCAGAAUUUAGAAAGAAGGUAAUCACUAACGAUGUGGAGCCCCGUAACAUCACCGGUAAGACACUGGAGAAACUAUCAAGAUUAGCGGCUGACCUGCUUCGGGAAAAAAAGGCAACUUUUUAUGAAAGCGAAAUGAAACGCGAUCAUUUCGAUUCAGGAGUAGUCGAAAAACUGAAGGGUAGUGGUCUUCUUCAUUGUAGUCAGCCUUUCAGGACCAGUUCGACUACGACAACUAAACUUUUUAGCUUUACCCAUUUAACCGUUCAAGAAUACUUGGCUGCUCGUUGCUUUGUAAACGAAAAUAAUAUUCCAGACAGCAGUUUUUCUGAAAUGGUUUUCCAAUUCAUGGCUGGCAUUUUGUCCGAAAAGAAAAACGAGAAACUAAUGGAAAAUUUAAUGGAAAAAGUUCAGGCCUCAUCCUCUAAAAAUCGCCUUCUCGCAGCAAAAUGUCUGAGUGAAUGCAGCGACAAGGAAUUUGCCAAAAAGUACAUUAGAAAGCAUCCUCGAGUAUGCUCCGACUCAGACAACAACUGGUCUCUUGAAAAUGUAUCAAAUUUAGACUGCUUUGCAGUAUCAUUCGUCUUGGACAUCGCAAGUGAUGUUCAUGGAGAAGAAGCUGGACACGAAACUUCUGAAAAGUUCGAGUCAAUAAAGAAGUUGAAAAUAACCAGGUCGCCGCUGUCAAUACCUGGAAUAAAACGAAUUUGUGAGUCAUUAGGAAAGGAACACUCUCGUGUUUCCAAACUGGGAAUCACAUAUUGUGACCUGACAAAUGAAUGUAUUGACGUCGUUUGUAGAUUAGUUUCAUGUAAAUUAACAACUCUCAAUCUGGGUUAUAAUCAGAUCGCUGAUACCAAUGUUGCCAGCCUAUGUGAAGCUUUGAGGGAUCCAAGCUGUAGGCUAACCACACUCAGUCUUUGUGCCAAUGAAAUCACUGAUGCCGGGUUUUCUAGUCUCUGUGAAGUACAAAAGCAUCCAAGCUGUAAACUGACCACACUUUUUCUUGGGGGUAAUAAGAUCACCGAUGCCGGUGUAGUCAGUCUAUGUAAUGCGCUACAGCACGCUCACUAUGGGCUAACCACACUAGAUCUGUGGGGCAAUCAGAUCACCGAUACCAGUGUUGCCAAUCUUUGUGAAGCACUACAGCCUCCGUCCUGUAGGCUGUACACACUAAAUCUGUUGGGUAAUGGGAUCAGUAGGGAAAAAAUGGAAUAUCUAGAAAGGUUUUUUUGUACUGUAAGAUUUCAAGAAGAAGAGUUGCAUGAUUUGAAAAUGCAAACGGUAAAUCUUUACUCAGAAUGACCAGAAACACAAACCACGUUUUGAACGUUUUAGAGAACACUGUCUGAAUUAAUUGAUGUAAAAUUUGGAAUGAAAAGAGUUAAUUUUGUAUCACUAGAUGUACUUAUUUUAAGUGGU